AGGAACACCAGACAUAGGGGAGGGGAAAAAACGAAGUGAUCCAUUGAACCGAAAGUCUUUGCCCUCUCUUAAUUACGUAGUGUCCCAUAACUUUUCUCUUUUUUUCACUUGUUUUUUCCUAUUUUUUUUUCUUUCUUCUGUACGUAAAGACCUCUGGUUAUUGGUAAUUAGCUUGAGGAGAAUAAAAACAGCCGAUCAGGAGAGGGGUGGUGCAUUGUGGAGCGAGAUGGCUAACAGAAUGGUUCUAUCACUCCUUCAUGGAUUCUUCUACCUAGCUCUGAUUCAGCCCUCACUUCAAGGAGGUGUGUACGUGCCGGCUGGUGCUGGAGUUGGAGCAGGAGGUGCUGGACCAGGUGCUGGUCUCUACCCAGGUGCUGGUGGGAUACCCGCAGGAGCAGGCUACAAACCAGCUAAAACUGGGGCUGGUGGAUAUGGAGGACGGGGUGGUGUUGGUGCUGGAGGUCUGGUCCCUGGUGGCGGGGCUGGAGGCAUAGGAGCGUUAGGCCUCGGAGGAGGAGGAGCCGGUGGAGGAAAAGGCCCCAAACCUGGUUAUGGAAACCUUGGUGCUGGUGGUGUUGGGGUUGGUGGUCUUGGUGGUGGAGGAUAUGGAGCUGGUCCUGGAGCAGGCAGUCUAGGAGCAGGAGCCCUUGGAGGAGGAUACGCUAAGCCUGGAGCUGGUUAUGGAGGAGGCUCGCCGUAUGGAGGCUCGCCUUAUGGAGGAGGUGGUGCUGGGGGCUACUUCCCUGGAGGUGGGCUGGGACAGAAGGCAGGACCCAAGCCAGGCUAUGGGGCAGGAGGUGGACUACAACCAGGCUAUGGCGGUGGUGGAUUACAGCCAGGUCUAGCCCCUGUUAUUCCUCAGACUGGCCUACCUGGAGGUGGGCUGGGACCAGGUGCCGGAAAAGGAAAGGCUCCAAAAGGAGGAGUACCAGGUGUGGGGGUGCCUGGACUUUACCAAGGUGGCCAGGUGCCAGGACAAGGAUUUGGUGGUCGUGGAGUGUUGCCCGGUGUAGCCACUGGGAACGGACUCAAUCCCAAAUCAUUGCCAGGUGGAGGACAACAGGGACCAGGAGGCUCGGGUCGUGUUGGUUAUGGAGGACCAAUGCAGCCAGGAGUAUUCCAUGGAUACCCACUCAAAACACCCAAAACACAAGGUGGCUAUGGAGCGAAAGUUGGAGGAGCUGGAGGCAAACUUCCAUUUGGAUAUGGGGGCUUUGGUGGUGGUGGUGGAGCAGGCCUUCCUGGUGGCAAAGGUGGUCCUGGAUCCAAGCCUGGAUACCCCAUUGGAACUGGUGUUGGGACAGGAGGUCUUAACCCGGCCCAGGCUCAGGCUAAAGCUGCUAAAUAUGGUGCUGGUGCUGGUUUGGGUGGUGUGCCCGGUGCAGGUGGAGCUUACCCUGGAGCGGGAGGAGCUUACCCCGGAGCGGGAGGAGCUUACCCCGGAGCGGGAGGAGCUUACCCCGGAGCGGGAGGAGCUUACCCUGGAGCAGGAGGAGCUUACCCUGGAGGAGUCCCAGGAGGUGCGGGUGGCGUCCCAGGUUUUGGAUCAGUAGCAGGAGGAGCAGGAGGAGUACCUGGAGGGUUAUCCGGAGGAGCUGGAGGGUAUAACCCUGCUGCGGCCAAAGCUGCUAAAUAUGGGGGUGCAGGAGCAAGCCUAGGAGCUGGAGGAUUUGGUGGAGUACCAGGAGGAGGAGGAGGUGUACCUGGGGCUGGAGGAUUUGGUGGAGUACCAGGAGGAGGAGGAGGUGUACCUGGGGCUGGAGGACUCCCAGGAGGAGGUGCAGGCAGGCUCCCAGGUGCUGGCUCAGUCGCAGGAGGAGCAGGAGGAGUACCAGUAGCUGGGGCUGGGGCUGGGGCUGGAGGAUAUAAUCCUGCUGCGGCCAAAGCCGCUAAAUAUGGAGUUCCAGGAGGAGCAGGUGCAGGGUUAGGAGGAGCUGGAGGCUAUGGAGCGGGAGCCAGGCCUCCCUAUUACGGUGUUCCAGGGGGUGCUGGAUUUGGGGGAGCAGGAGCUCUUCCGGGGUCUGGAGGAUACAAUCCUGCCGCCGCCGCCGCCAAAGCUGCUAAAUAUGGGGUCCCAGGGGGUGCAGGGGCAGGCCUAGGAGUUGGAGGUCUUGGAGGAACAGGAGGGGUACCAGCUGGAGGAGCUGGGGCUGGAGGAGUCCCCGGAGGUGCAGCAGCAGGCCUAGGAGCAGGAGGAUUACCAGGAGGAGGAGCAGGGGGGGUACCUGGGGCUGGAGGAUAUAAUCCUGCUGCAGCCAAAGCAGCUAAAUAUGGAGUUCCAGGAGGUCUAGGAACAGGCUUAGGAACAGGAGGACUUGGAGGAGUACAGGGAGGAUUAACAGGGGGAGGAGCAGGGGGGGUACCUGGGGCUGGAGGAUAUAAUCCUGCUGCAGCCAAAGCAGCUAAAUAUGGUCAGGGGGCUGCUGGUGGGCCAUGGGGUGGAUAUGGUGGCGUGCCUGCUGGAGGAUAUCCCAGGCCUGGGGGCUAUGGAGGGGCAGGAGCUGGAGGGUAUAAUCCUGCUGCGGCCAAAGCUGCUAAAUAUGUCCCAGGAGCUGGAGGAGCAGGCCUAGGAGCUGGAGGAGCAGGUUUAGGAGGAGCAGGCUUAGGAGGAGCAGGAGGAGUACCAGGGAUUGGGGCUGGACCAGGAUAUGGAGGCUAUGGAGGAUAUGGAGGAGUACCAGCAGGAGGGGCUGCUGCUGCGGCCAAAGCUGCUAAAUAUGGAGUUCCAGGAGGAGCGGGCGUGGCGGGGAGAGCAGGAGCAGGAGCAGUGCCAGGGGCUGGAUAUGGAGGGGUACCUGGGGCUGGAUAUGGAGGGGUACCUGGGGCUGGAUAUGGAGGGGUACCUGGGGCUGGAUAUGGAGGAUAUAAUCCCGCUGCGGCCAAAGCUGCUAAAUAUGGAGUCCCAGGAGGUGUAGGAACAGGCCUAGGAGCAGGAGGACUUGGAGGAGGAGGACAGGGAGGAGUACCUGGAGGAGUAGGAGCUGGAGGAUAUGAUCCCGCAGCCAAAGCUGCUAAAUAUGGUAUGCCAAGCGGGGCGGGCAUCGGUGGAGAAGGUGUUCCAGCGCCUAUAGCGACGCCAAGACCAGGUGUGGGCGUGGGUGGUGGUGUUGGAGGAACUGCCAUUGAGCGCACUGGUGUACCAGUGGGCACAGGGAUACCUAUCGCAGGCAAACCAGCAGAGGAUUCAUCUCUAGAACCCGGUGGAACUCCCAUCCCAGAUCCCACACCUAUUGGCACACAGGCCACAGAGGCCCCAGAGCCAGAGCCCAGUGCCACAGGAGUAGCUGGAGUUGGGGCUGGGGUUCUUCAACCUAGUGUUGGUACAGGCCCAGCUCAGCCUGGUGUGGGUGUCGGAGCAGGUGGCAAAGCUCCUAAACCCCCUGGUGCAGGGGGAUACCCGUAUGGUGGUUAUGGACAGGCAGGACAACUCCGGUAUGGUCAAGGUUAUGGACAGGGUGCUGGUGGAUAUCCCUAUGGAGGAGGAUAUGGAAAUCCAUACGGAGCAGGAGCUGGACAACUUCCUGGAGCCAAGCCCCUGAAACAUCCAGUUGUGGGAGGAGCAGGCGGUGUGGCUGGAGGAGCAGGUAUUCCUCUUACUGGAGCAGGUGGUGGUGCAGGGGGAUACCCGUAUGGUUAUGGUCAAGGUGGUUAUGGACAGGGACAGGGUGUGAGGUAUCCCACUGGUGAAGGUCUGGGAGCAGGGGCAGGUCAAAAAGCACCCAAACCCCCAGGUUAUGGUAACCUAGGUGCGGGUGGUGCUGGUUAUAGUCCAGGUGCUGGUGUGUUCCCAGGUUACGGAGGUGGCUACCCACAACAACGGGGUUACCCACAGCAAGGUGGCGGCUACCCACUGCAACCCUACCCAGGAGCAUAUGGAGCAGGCCAGACGGCACCACUGACUCCUCAACAAGCCAAAGCAGCCAAGUAUGGCCCACUCCAGGGCUUCCUUGGUGGGGCAGGAGGAGGAGGCUACAGACCAGGAGGAGUUGCUGCUGGAUGCCAAAGCAAAUACUGUGGAAGGCAGAAGUAGAGGGUGUUCUUCAGAAGAAGUUGAACCUCAAGAAACAAUGGUGCUACUGCAUGAUCUAGAAUGUACAUUUUAUAUGCACAAAAUCCCCCAUUAGAGUAUGUAAAGAUAUGUUGUACUUUAUUUGACUCAAUAUAUUUUUUAUACAAACCCACCGACCGACUUUUGCACACAUUUGAUGUGACUUAGUGUUUUUGAUUGUGCCUUUAUCAUUGUUCGUGGUGUUCAUCAGCUCUUACUGACAUGCCUGUGAUGCUCCCCUUUUAGUAGUUACCAAGUGUGUGUGUGUGCAUGCAUGUGUGUGGGCGUUGAUAUGUGGCUGUGUGUCUCUCUAUGUGCUUGUGAGCUUGCACAUGUUGCCAGAGAUGUUUGGGUAUAUAGGAGAAUAUGAAAGAUUAUCCAACUAGAGCCAUUAAGCAUGCUUUGAAUGCAGAGAAGUGCUCCAAGUAAAAACCAGCACCAUUCCUGUAACUGUACAUCCCUCUCCAUGUGCUUAGUGUCUGUGUGUACCAAAGUUGGAGCUCUUCGCAUACUGACAUGUCAAACCAAGGGGUGAGCUUCAAGGAGUGUUGUUAGUAAAGUGCUGAUAAACUUUGGCCAUGUAUCUUCAGAACUGCCUCCUCUGGCUUUCUAUCAUCUCUGCUGCUAUUUAUAUCCCUGGGUGAAAUAGCAGUGGCUUAGCAUGUGUGUGUGUGGGCACAGGUUUCACAGUUCAUCUGCCUGCUUCAACUUUGACUAUAUUUUAAGGGCCAUGGUGUAAGUAGCCUUCUUACCUUGAUUUCUGACAAACUUGUGAAGUAUGAUGAGCAGGUGUUGCUCUGAAUGUGGUAAAGCUGAUGACAAUCAAUCCAAAGGUGUUCAAAAGAUUUGUAGGUGAUAUCUUGAGUGAUAUUCAUAGCAUACAUUGUGUUGGUUUGUACCCAAGACCUUUGAAACAGUGUUUUUGUUUUUUUAUGUGAUUUGAAUGUUUUUAGUUUUACAAAAAUGUAAAAGUAAAACUGAAAUUCUUUCGAUACUGCUCUGGCAUGUAUUGUACAUUAUGUAUGUAUGAAUUGAACAUUUUGUUUUAUUAAUUACGUAUAAUUUUUCUGCUGUGCUAGAUUAAGUGCCUAGAAUGUUAUGCAUAUCUGAAAUCAUUCUAGUUUCACAUGCAGUUAUAGUUUCAUUUAUGCAAGUUGUCCCUCAUUAUUCAAGUUUCAAAUGUUUCCGCUCAUGAAAGUAGACUAUCACCAUAUUUGUGUAAUCUUGAAUAAGGCAAAACCUGUUUGUUAAAAAAAUAUAUAUUUGGGUAAUGCAUUUAAUCACUGAUGAGAAUUGUUAUACUGUAUAUGUAAGGGCUUUUUUAAUAUGUGUCUGUGUGUAGGCUUCCCCUAGUCUGUGUAAAUUGUGAGAGUGAGCUCCCAUUUCACUCUUUACUUGAGUUAGUUAUAGUUGAAUAAGACUCACUAGACAUUACUGACCAAAGAUGGAUUCACUCUGUUAUGAAGUUACACUACGAUUAAUCUUUAGGGAUUGUGUGGACUGUAUGUUGUAGUAAUUGCCCUAGGUUAUCAUGACUCUCACUCGCUUCAGUUAUUGUAGCCUACCCGUAGGGUUUUUUCUGAACUGUGUGUGAGCCGCUCGGAUCCGGGGCACGCCGCACCGUGUCUUCCAUGCGGUGGGAUAGUAUUCAUCUUAUUUAAAUGGUAAAAACGGAUGAACGAUGGGGUUUUGCACUUUCACAUUUUCAUGACGCACAUGUGACUUGUUCCCGGUAAUCCCGGCAUUUUAUUUGCUUAAGUAAAAUAACGAAAUAAAAUGGUUAAUAAAUACA